GAUUAGAGUAGUUUUAAUGCUUGUUUAGUUUUUCGUUAUUUAUCUGGUCAGUGUCUGGUUCCUACAUACAUUUAACUCGGAUAAAUAUUAAUCGAAUUAUCACACUCUUGGUAAUUAGACCAGGAACAUUUAGUUGUGUUCAUACUUGUUUAAACCGAUGGUGCAAUUUUAAUUUACUUCAUUUAUAGUUUCAGACUUAAGUUAAUUGUCUCCAAAUAACUUUCAUAUGCUUCUUAAUUAUGAGUUAGGAUUCUUCUUAUUUUCUGGCUUAAGUUAAUUAUGACAUCAAGCAUGUUCUGCACGCAACCUGUUUUAGAGAUAUAGAGAGGAAGAUAGUAAUUGAUGUAGCCCAAAUGAUACACAAAACUUUACAAAACAAAUAUAGGCUUUGCAGCUAGCAGGCUUUAGCAGCACUUAACCAGAGCUUGCUAGUCAGCUUAAGGGUCAGCUAUCGGGUAUGAGCAAGUCGGAUGAGAGCAUCAAGGUAAAAUUGGAUGAUAUCUUUGCUGAAUGGGACCUCUGGGCUAGUCUCUUGCUCAGUCUUUUCCUUCAAAUCAUUUUAAGUUUUGGAGGAACCUUUAGAAGGUUGGUAUCCCACAAAUGGAUAGUCAUCAUUCUUUGGCUAGCCUAUUUGCUUGCAGAAGUCAUUGCUCUCUUUGGACUCGGACUCAUUGCCAGCAGGCAGAGUUUCAUUUUCUUAUCUUCCAACUACACCUGGAGAUCUCUCAAUUUUAAAGUAUCCUUCUCUGGUUCCAAAGAUCGCUUUUACUUUUUCUGGGCUCCUUUUCUUCUGGUACACCUUGGCGGUCCAGACACUAUUACUGCUUUCGCGCCUGAGGACAAUGAACUGUGGCCGAGACAUUUGUUCAUUCUGGCUACAGAGUGCAUUGCUGUAGCUUAUGCUUUCUAUCAGUCUGAACAUCUUAAACGUCACCUACUGAUGAUCCCAAUGCUGCUCAUGUGUUUGUGCGGAAUCAUCAAGUGCUUUGAGCGUACUGCUGCCCUUUAUUAUGGAAGUGCAAAUAGCUUCCGCAAUUCCAUGCUGUCAAAAUCUCUGGAUGCCAAACUUAAAAAAGAAUCCAAACUACCAACUAUUAAAAUUGGGGACGAAUUGUCCCAUUUACAAGUGUUGCAGUAUGCUUUUGUAUACUUCACGGCCUUCAAAGGACUUGUUGUUAAUCUCCGACUCAGCAUUCAUGAACGUAACCAGAGCCGAGAGUUCUUCCUUGCAACAUCUUGCAAAGACUCUUUCAAUCUAGUUGAGGUAGAGUUGAAUUACAUCUAUGAUGUUCUUUUCACCAAGAUUCCUGUGCUGCAUCAAAAACUCGGCUACUGCUGUCGAGUUCUAUCCUUUUCCACAGUUGUGGCCUCCUUUACCCUUUUCCAUUUGGAUCAUUAUGCAUUUAAUCAGGGAGAAGAUCGGCCUCAGGACCGUGUGGCGACUCUAGAAAGACCGGUUCAUAAUGAUAACUGUGAUGUAGUGAUUACUUACAUUUUGCUUAUCGGAGCAGUUGUGUUAGAGGUGAUUGCAUUUUAUAUGCUGCUUUUCUGCGACUGGACAGUUAUUAAGCUCAGGCCUCUGUCUCAUGCAAAUCACAAUGGUAAAUCAUGGAAAGAUAAGUUUCUCAGUUGCAUACUGCUUGUUAAUAAGACUAGAAAUGCCUUACUACACAGGCUUCUUCAUUUUGUUGGAGAUAGUGAUCAUCAUACAAAGUCAGAUUCCAAGGAUAGCAGUUUUCUUAAUGGGGUUUUGUAUGUAAAACCCCAACCACUCAACGAUCACAUGACUGGUUUCAUUUUCGACGAGCUAAAAAGGAAGUCGAAGAUGGCCAGCAGUUUAGCCGUGGCUAAAGAUAUCUGUUCAUCCAAAGGAGAGAGGAUCCUUUCUGAAAUGGAACAAGAUUGCAGUACUUUUCUUGAUUUUGUUGUUAAUUUUAACUACGACGACAUCCUUCUUUUGUGGCACAUUGCUACUGAACUCUGCUACAACGACAGCCAAGACCAAAUUGCUGAUAACAAACUACGUGACACUGCAAAGAAGCUGUCGGACUACAUGCUAUAUCUCAUGGUCGUGAAGCCUGAUAUGAUGUCUGGAGUUUCGAGCAUUGGGGAAAUAAAGUUCCAGGAUACGUGCACAAAGGUUAGCAAGUUUUUGGACUCUGAAUUACCUCAACUACAGAAAAAAAGGUUUUGCAAUUUCUUUCGCAGGAAGAGCAAGGAAGAGAAAGAAACAUUACAGAGAAAGGCCUGUGAAACAAUUCUUAGCAUCGACAGAGAAGUUGAGCCCGGAAGCAUACAGCUGGAUACAGAUAUCUUCACCAAUGCAUCUGUAUUGGCCAAACAGCUUCAAUUGUUACCAUCGGAAACAAAAUGGUUAAUGAUAAGCAAAUUGUGGGUCGAACUGCUAUCAUACGCGGCAACUCAUAUCAGGUCAAGUGCACAUGCUAAGCAGCUAAGUAGAGGCGGAGAGCUCAUAACUGUUGUUUGGUUACUCAUGGCUCAUUUUGGCUUGGGAGAUGAGUAUGAAAUCAACCAAGGCACACAAAAAUCUCAACUCACUGUUGAAAAAGUUCGUUCUUUAUCUAUCAAUCCAGGAACACAAGAAUCACAGUGACUGUUGAAAGACUUGAUUCCUUAUCUAUCUAAUGAUGUCAGGUCUGCAGCUUAGGAGAGGUUUGGAAUAGUGUUAUCAAAUAAAUUUAUGUGUGGUUUGGCUUUAACAAGCAAUAAUAUGUUCUAUUUUGGAAACCUGGAUCAGACUUUUCUGUGACUAAUUUAUUCUUGAAUAUUUAAAUUA